AUGAGCAUCAAACGUCUUUUAAUUUUACAAAUUCAUCAUCUCUUUUCAGAGUAUUUGAAAGAUGCUUCAAAGAAGAUGAAAAGCGGGCUUUUAUUUGUAACGUUGGCUAACCCAUGUUCAGGGGAAGGAGCCAUUUACUUGUUUGAUAUGUGUCUACAGCAGCUGUUUGAAAUCAAAGUUUUCAAGGAGAAAUACCAUUCUUGGUUCAUAAAUCAGUCCGUUCAGUCAGAAGGUCAUCUCCACUUUGCCACCCCUAUGGAUCCUUUAUUUCUGGUUCUCCACUAUCUUAUAAAGGCUGAUAAAGAGGGAAAAUUCCAGCCCCUAGAACAAGUUGUGGUAGAUGACAUAUUUCCAGAUUGUAUCUUGUUGCUGAAACUUCCUGAACUUGAGAAGUUACUUCGCCACGUGACAGAGGACAAAGAAAUAAACAGCAAAAAAUUUUAUAAGUACAGCAAAGAGAAGACAUUAAGGUGGCUGGAAAAAAAGGUGAAUCAGACCACGGCAGCAUUAAAAUCCAAUAAAAUAAAUGUCAGUGCCCGGGUACAGUCUGCAGCAUAUUUCUCAGCUGACCAGGUUUCCAGUGAUAAGGAAGAGGAUUAUAUUCGGUAUGCCCAUGGUCUAAUAUCUGAUUACAUUCCUAAGGAACUAAGUGAUGACUUAGCUAAGCAUUUAAAGCUCCCCGAACCUCCAGCUUUACUGCCAAACCCUGCAUCAAAGAAAAUAAAGUUGUCUGAUGAGCCUGUAGAAGCAAAAGAAGAUUAUACUAAGUUUAACACUAAAGAUUUGAAGACUGAGAAGAAAAAUAGCAAAAUGACUGCAGCUCAGAAGGCUUUGGCUAAAGUUGACAAGAGUGGAAUGAAAAGUAUUGCUAGCUUUUUUGGUGUAAAAAACAAAAAAAAGAUUUGA